GACAAUUCAUUAUCGAUCUUUCUCAAAAGUUACGAAACCAAACUUUUCACAAUCGAAAAUUGUUUGGAAAUCCAUCUAAAUUAACUUUAUUCCUGUGUGUUUAAGUAUCGAAUUAAGCUAUAAAAAUGUUGAGAGCCGCAGCAGGUCAAUUAUCACAGGUUAUUCGUGGAUCAUUUGGAGUCACAAGAAUCGCAGGCGUUCAAUCCGUUCGUAAUUCAUCACACUCAACCGAGACAGAUGUUGAGUUCGAUGCUCGUUACGAAGCCUAUUUCAAUCGUGCAGACAUUGAUGCUUGGGAAGCAAGAAAGGCAAUGAAUGACUUACUCGGUAUGGAUUUAGUUCCAGAGCCAAAAAUUGUUUCUGCUGGUUUAAAGGCUUGUCGUCGCCUUAACGAUUAUGCUCUUGCAAUCAGAUGGCUCGAGGGAGUUAAGGAUUCAUGCGGACCACACGUAAACACAAUUUGGCCAUGGAUGGUCCAAGAAAUUCGUCCAACACUCACUGAAUUAGGCGUUGAAACUCCAGAAGAAUUGGGAUAUGAUCAGCCAGAACUUGCUCUCAAGUCAGUGUUUGAAAUGUAA